AUGCAAAAGAGAUCCAUUCUUGGAUUCAACAACAGUGCGAAAGUAAAGUGCAUAGAGAGGGAGAGACAAGCACUCCUCACUUUCAAACAUGCCCUCAUUGAUGUCCAUGGCAUGCUCUCUACAUGGAGGGAUGAUGAGAACAGUCGAGACUGUUGCCAAUGGAAAGGCAUUCAAUGCAACAAUCAAACAGGUCAUGUACGCAUCCUUCAUCUUCCUGGUCAGGAUACACAAUAUUUGAGAGGCGUAAUCAAUUUCACUUCAUUGAUUGCCUUGCAAAAUAUUGAACAUUUGGAUCUCAGCAACAAUUAUUUUGAAGGGAGUCACAUCCCAGAACUUAUAGGCUCACUCACCAACUUAAGAUAUCUCAAUCUCUCCCAUUCUUAUUUCGGUGGCAGCAUUCCUGCCCACAUUGGAAACCUUACAUAUUUACUGUCUCUGGAUCUAGGUCGCAACUUUUAUCUCUUUGGAGAAAUCCCUUAUCAACUUGGAAAUCUUACACAUUUAAGGUAUCUGGAUCUAUGUGAUAAUUAUCUCGAUGGGGAACUCCCUUAUCAACUUGGAAAUCUCUCACAGUUGACGUAUCUUGAUCUUAGUGGAAAUUCAUUUUCUGGAGCACUCCCUUUCCAGGUUGGUAAUCUUCCUUUGUUGCACACUCUUAGACUUGAAGGUAAUUUUGAUGUCAAACCUAAGGAUGCAGAAUGGUUGUCUAAUCUCUAUUUUCUAACAAAUCUUGCCUUGCAUUCUUUUCAUAAUAUUGACUGGCUACAUAUGAUCGGUAAGCUUUUUACAAGCUUAAGAGAGUUGAGGUUAGUUGAUUGUUCUCUUUCAGAUACCGAUGUUCAAUCUCUGUUUUAUUCUCCUUCCAACAUUUCUACUUCUCUUACCAUCCUUGAUCUUUCUUCUAAUAUGUUGACAUCCUCAACGUCUCAAUUGUUGUCAAACUUUAGCCUUAAUCUUCGAGAGCUUUAUCUUUCUUAA